GCACCUGCAGUAUAUAAAGACGGUCCACUAAAUUAAUGAGUCUGACAUCAUCCAUCAAGAUGAGAGGUUUGACAACAGUCUGUGUGCUUUUGCUUGUCGGGGCGAGCUACUGUAUGCCCCGAGUCGCCCGAGAAGCACCUGUAGCAGCACCUGGUGGAAAGGAGAAUGCUGAUCCCAAGCUUGCGCGUCCUCUGCCCAUGGCCGGUGGCAGCGCACAAACGAACGGACUGGUGCCACCACCACCACAGACACCUGUUGGCUUCAGCGGCCUGCCGCCAGUGCCCCCCACUGGUGCCCUGCCCCCUUCCGUCUCCCCUCUGCAGGGCAGCAACGUCCCCUCUCCAGUCUCAACCAGGCGGGCAGCAAGGACAGCGAGUCAAAGGUCGAUCCUGCCAAUCCCCGUCCUAACUUAGGAGCCAUGGGCCGGUUUGGUCUCUUCGGUCAACCGGAUCAGAUGCCACCGAUGGGACAGAGGGGUCCAAUGGGACAGAUGGGACAGAUGGGACCUAUGGGACAGAUUCCAUUGAGAGACGGGUCUGCUAGCGGUCUAAAUGGACCUAUGAUGUUUCCAGCUGGUCAAAUGUCUCAAGCAGAAACUAAGCCAUCUAUGGGGCAGUUUUCUCCUAUUGGACAGAUGCCCUCUAGGGGACAAUUCCCUUCUCUGGAGCAGCUGUCUCAAAAUGGACAGCUACCUUCAAUGGGACGGCUUCCUCAAAUGCCUCCUAUGGGACAGUUCUCUCCAACAGGACAGCUGCCACAAGGGGGACAGAUGCCACCUAUGGGACAAUUUUCUCAGAUGGGACAGUUCUCUCCGAUGGGACAGCUGCCACCAGGGGGACAGAUGCCACCGAUGGGACAAUUUUCUCAGAUGGGACAGCUGCCACCAGGGGGACAGAUGCCACCGAUGGGACAAUUUUCUCCAAUGGGACAGAUGCCACCUAUGGGACAGUUUUCUCCAGUGGGACAGCUGCCACCAGGUGGACAGAUGCCACCUAUGGGACAGUUUUCUUCAAUGGAACAAAUACCAACAAUGAUGCCGAUGAUGAAUAGUCCACAAUCAAAAGACCAGACCUCCCCGUUCGCCACUACUGCUGCACCAGAGGAGGCUGGGUCAGCGUCGGGAACUGAGGCGGCGAAGGAUUCCUCCGCAAAUGAUCCAAGCUCUGCAUUCCAGUCUUUCAUGUCCAGAAAGAACACUGGAUUUGUUCCUUCCCAGUUCGACUCUUCCUCCACCGAAGGUGUCCCUCCCUUCGCUCAUCCUCAGUCUAGGCUUGGAGGCAGUUCCUCUGUUGGAAUGACGGCGGAAGGACCUCAGACAGGCAUCCCACCUCAGUUGCAGAUGCUGCUGGCCCAGGCACAGAUGCAGGGCAUUCCACCUCAGAUUCUCCUUCAGCAGCUACAGAUGCAGAGAAUGGCGGCUCAAAUGCAACCAACAUCGCAGAUGUCGGGCCAGAUGACAGACAUGCCAUCCACACAGCAGAUACCGAGUCAGAAUCCUCUGACAUCAGGCAUGAUGUCUCCGUCGUUGCCGGGCCAGAUGCAAGGCAUGCCACCGGCCAUGCAAGGGCCAGGACAGAAUCCUAUGAUGUCAGGCAUGCCACCGGCCAUGCAAGUGCCAGGACAGAAUCCUUUUAUGCCAGGCAUGCCACCGGCUAUGCAAGUGCCAGGACAGAAUCCUUUCUGAUGCCAGGCAUGCCAUCUCCCAUUCAGCCACCAGGUCAGAUCCCUGACAUUUCACCCUCAACACAGAUGCCAAGUCAGCUGAAUCCGCAGGACCUGAUGCGGUUGCAGGGUAUGUCACCUCAAAUGGAGCCGAUGAACAUGGCCAUGCAGCAGGCUCAAGGCUCCCAAAUGCCUCCCUUUAUGACCGGCAAUGGCUUGCCUCCGCAAGAUGUACCGACCGAAAAACCAGCUGCUGAAGCGAACCCCAUGCCUUCGCCGUUCGGUCUGCCCUCUGAAGCCCAACCGGCCAGAACCAGAGUCCGAUCAACCUCACGGCCAACAGCGAACAACAGUCGCUCCUGUCCUCCCUGCUACCCGGUCCUGUGCAGGUGAGGAUGACAUCAAUCCAGGAUAUGAUGGCUUUCGAGGACAAAAUGCAGAGAGUCAGAAGGAGGCUGCUCAAGAGCUUCUACACCGAUCUCGCCGCAUACCAAACCCUGGCGCAGUACAUCCAGCAGCGGAUGGUCCUGAAGCUGGCCCUGCUGCACUUGAUGGAGACUCGCAUGGCCAUGCCCAUCCGGGGCUCUCUGGCCAUGGCCUUGACCUCUUCCAUGUCAAUGGCGCCCAAGUCUGCGUAACUCUUCCAACCCCAAGCUUUACUUCUUACUUCCCCUGCCGGGCUACACAGAACCUCGUGGGUUGGUAGCGACCGACAGAAGUCACAAUCUUCUUUGUUGAAAAAAUAAGAUGAAGCUAAGAUUAGAUAAAUUAAAUAUUUCUGAAAUAAUUUUCACAUGUAGAAAGCUUCUUUCGAAAAAGGUUCAGGCUUGACAAAAUUAACCUGUGAUUAGCAUCGCUUUUAUCUCUGUUGGCAUUAGGGUGUUGCUUCUCAGUGACAGAGUAUGUGUACAAUAAUGAACCUCUUUAAAUAAUAACAACAACUAUGAAUAAAGGUGUAGAUCUUAAACAAUAAACACUGAAUGGCAGGA